AUGCCCCCUCGCCGAUCCAAGCGCAAUGCCGCCAAGGCUGCGGCCGCGGCGGCUGCGGAGGAAGAGGAGCCUGUGCCCGAGCCUGUGGCACCCAAGCGGGCCAAGAAGGCGCCCGCGAAGAAGGCGGCAGCUGUCAAGGAGGAAGAGGAGGAGGAGCCUGUGGCUCCCAAGAAGGCGGCACCCAAGAGAACCGCUGCCAAAAAGGCCGUCCCUGCCGCAAAGAAGCCGGCCGUGAAGAAGGAGGAGUCGGUGGACGCCGCUUGCCAUCUCUCGGGGGCCAAGGUCUACUCGGAUGCCACGGAAACCUUUGAUUGCAUGCUCAACCAGACCAACGUGGGCCACAACAACAACAAGUUUUAUAUCAUCCAGGUCGUGCAGUCCGGUGGAAAAUACUACUGCUGGACGCACUGGGGCCGUGUUGGUGAGAACGGUCAGAACGCCGCCUUGGGACCCUUUGCUAGCCCUGACGGUGCCAUUAGCGAAUUCAAGAAAAAAUUCAAGGCCAAGGCCGCCAAUAACUGGGAGGAUCGUCAAAACUUCAAGCCCAAGGCCGGCAAGUACACGCUCAUUGACAUGGCAGAAGACGAUGACGAGGAAGUUCCCGACACGGUACGUAGGGGCCAGACGACGGUCAAGUAUCGCCCCUCCAAGCUGGACACCAAGACCCAAAGCUUUGUCAAUUUGAUCUUUGACAAUGACAUGUUCAAGGAGCAAAUGAAGUCGUUUGACCUCGACACGGAGAAGAUGCCGCUGGGCAAGAUCUCCAAGGCUCAGAUUGCGCGCGGCUAUGGCGUUCUCGAAGAGCUUGAGGCGGCCAUUAACGCCAAGAAAAGCCGGGCCGUUUUGAGCGAGAUCACCUCGCGCUUCUAUACGACCAUCCCUCACUCUUUUGGCCGCAGUGUACCCCCGGUCAUCCAGACGAUCGAAGUGGUGCAGGCCAAGAAAGACAUGCUGACGGUGCUGGCCGACAUUGAGCUCGCGCAGCAACUCAAGGACCGCGCCAAGGACCGCGCCAAGGACCAGUCGACCACGGUGGAGAAGGAUCACCCCGACGACCUGCACUACGACUCGAUGCAUUGCGACCUCAAGCCCGUGAAGAAGGGCGACACGACCUACGACAUGAUCCAGCAGUACAUCUCCGCCACUGGAAGCUCGGGCUGGCGCAAAGCCUCGCUCAUCGACGCUUUUGAAGUGUGCCGUCACGACGAAGACAAGCGCUUUGCCCAGCAUGACGAUAUUGAGAACCGUCGCCUCCUCUGGCACGGCACCAAUGUGGCCGUUGUGGCUGCCAUCCUGGGCUCGGGCUUGCGCAUCAUGCCCCACUCUGGUGGCCGCGUUGGCCGUGGCAUCUACCUGGCCAGCGAAAUGUCCAAGUCGGCCGGCUACGUGGGCACAACGCGCCAGGGUAGCAAGAACAUUGGCAUCAUGUUUCUUGUCGAGGCCGCCCUCGGCAAGGAGCAUCAUAUUACCCGGGACGACUCCUCCCUGCGAGCUCCACCCAAGGGCUUUGAUUGCGUCAUUGCCAAGGGCCAGACGGAGCCUGAUCCGAAGAAGGACAUCACCGUCGAGUUUGACGGCAAGCCUGUCAAGGUGCCCCAGGGUGCACCCUUGGAUCAGCCAAAAUAUGCCCAAAGCAGCUUUUCGCAAAGCGAGUACCUCCUCUACAAGGAGAGCCAGCAUCGCAUCCGAUACGUGCUCAAGCUGCAGUUUUGA